AUGUAUUUAUUUCUGUUCAGAUUCUGACAGUGGAAUCACUCACGGCCAUAUGGGUUAUGUGUUUUCGAAGACAUACACACCUACAGAUGACAGCUACGGAUGCCUAGCUGGCAACAUUCCAGCUCUUGAGUUGAUGGCUCUUUACGUAGCUGCAGCCAUGCAUGAUUACGAUCACCCAGGAAGGACUAAUGCCUUUUUGGUGGCAACAAGUGCUCCUCAGGCAGUACUAUACAAUGACCGCUCCGUCCUGGAGAACCAUCAUGCUGCUGCUGCUUGGAACCUUUUCAUGUCGAGGCCAGAAUACAACUUCUUGGUCAACCUCGACCACGUGGAGUUCAAGCAUUUCCGCUUCCUUGUCAUCGAAGCAAUUUUGGCUACUGACCUGAAGAAACACUUUGAUUUUGUUGCCAAAUUCAAUGCCAAGGUGAACGAUGAUGUUGGGAUUGACUGGACUAACGAGAAUGACCGCUUACUGGUUUGCCAAAUGUGUAUCAAACUGGCUGACAUAAAUGGGCCUGCAAAAUGUAAAGACUUGCAUCUACAGUGGACAGAGGGCAUUGUCAAUGAGUUUUAUGAACAGGGUGAUGAAGAGGCUAGCCUGGGCCUGCCUAUCAGCCCUUUCAUGGAUCGCUCUGCUCCUCAGCUGGCACACCUCCAGGAAUCCUUCAUCACUCACAUUGUGGGACCACUAUGUAACUCCUAUGACUCUGCAGGGUUGAUGCCAGGAAAAUGGAUAGAAGAUAGUGAUGAAUCAGGAGACACCGAUGAGCAUGAAGAGGAAGAAACAGCAGAAAUGGAAACUUGUGAAAAUGCUGAAUCCAGAAAGAAGAAGUUCAAGAGGAGGAAAAUCUACUGUCAGAUCACUCAGCACCUGCUUCAGAACCAUAAAAUGUGGAAGAAAGUAAUUGAGGAUGAGGAGAGGUUAGCUGGGACAGAGAAGCAAGGCGCGGAGCAAUCCACACUGCACCCAUCUUCAGAACAAAUUCAGGCCAUCAGGGAAGAGGAGGAGGAGAAGGGGAAGCCCAAGAGAGAUGAAGAAGAGAACACAACUGUAGAACCGAAUCAAUGACAAUAUUUACAGCAGUAUUUUAAGACAGAUUGACUUGUGCACGGACUCUUUCUCAAGCCAGCACAGCAUUUAGACACCACACUGUAGAAGUAUGGGAUUAUGCGCCUACAGCUGUUUAAUUUGUUUCUCUUUCCUUUUUAUGAUGAGGUACAUUGUUUAAACUCCUGUGCUCAAGGAAGCUUUCACACUGCUACACCGGCUUUUACAGACUUUCUUUAAA